AUGAUGCAUCUGACACAUGCACGCCAAAAACACACAUGGAUUGCGCUUCUACAAUCACAUGUAAAGGAUGAGGCAAAAGAGGGCGUGAAGCUAAUGUUUUUCUCAGCCCAGCAGCGUCUUUCCCAGGUUUCCUCCCACUUCGGCCCUGCCGGCAAGAAAGGAGUUGCCGCACUCAUCGAGAAGCACCCCGAUGACAUUGUCGUGACCUGUGCCCUGCGCACUGCUUUGACCAAGGGUGGCAAGGGAGGCUUCAAGGAUACUGCUGCCGCUGAUCUCCUUGCUGGCGUCUUCAAGGCCGUUAUUCAGAAGAGUGGUAUCGACCCGAGCGCCGUUGAGGAUGUUGCUGUCGGCUCCGUCCUUCCCCCCGGUGGUGGUGCGACAGAGUUCCGUGCUGCUGCCCUUGUGGCUGGCUUCCCCGAGUCUACUGCGGUAAAGGCCUUGAACCGUCAGUGCUCUAGCGGUCUCCAAGCAAUUGUCGACAUUGCCAACGCUCUGAAGUCUGGCAUGAUUGACGUUGGCAUCGGUGCCGGAGUUGAGAGCAUGUCCUCUCAGUACGGACCUGGUGCUGUGACCGAAUUCUCCGAGCUUCUUGAGGCUCAUCCUGAGUCUGCCAACUGCAAAGUCCCCAUGGGUGUCCUGUCCGAGGACAUGGCCAAGGAUCGUGGCAUCAGCCGUGCCGCGCAAGAUGCGUUCGCCGCUUCCUCCUAUCAGAAGGCCGUCAAGGCCCAGAAAGCCGGCCUCUUCAACGAGGAGAUUGCUCCCCUUGAGGUCAAGUGGACUGACCCCAAGUCGGGUGAGGAGAAGACUAUCACCGUCAAGGCUGACGAUGGAAUCCGUGAUGGCAUGACCGCUGAGUCCCUGGGCAAGAUCCGCCCUGCAUUUGCUAAGGAUGGUUCCAUCCACGCUGGAAACGCCUCUCAGAUCUCUGACGGUGCCGCCGCCGUCUUGCUCAUGAAGCGUUCCACCGCUGAGCGCCUCGGCCAGAAGAUCAUCGGCAAGUAUGUCGCAGCCAGCAUCGUCGGUGUCAAGCCUCUUCUGAUGGGCGUCGGGCCCUGGAAGGCCAUCCCUGUUGCUCUUGAGAAGGCUGGUAUCACCAAGGAUGAUGUCGAUAUCUACGAAAUCAACGAGGCCUUUGCUUCCCAGUGUGUGUGGUGUGUCAACGAGCUUGGCCUGCCCAUGGAAAAGAUCAACCCCAAGGGUGGUGCCAUCGCCUUCGGUCAUCCUCUUGGCUGCACCGGCUCUCGCCAGGUGAGCACCCUUAUGACCGAGCUCAAGCGGACCAACAAAAAGAUCGGUGUUACCAGCAUGUGUGUCGGUACCGGUAUGGGCAUGGCUGCUGUUUGGGUUGCGGAGUAA